AUGCUGCGCCCGGGGGAAAAUUUAAAUUGCAAAACUGGUUUCACAGUCAAGGUCGUCGCUUCCGCCCAGCGACGUUGCCACCGAGCGGCGUUAUCAAUGCAAAACUUCAACCCACUCCCACUAAGUGCUCUGUCCAGCAUUAUCAUUGUUAUGCUGUUGAUUAUGUCGACCGUGUCGUCGCUGGAUGCUAUGCGCAUUGACAAUGAUGGAAUAAUCAGCAGCAGCAGCAACCACAGUCGUCAUCGGCGUUCGACUUCCACAGCCAGUUGCAUGCAUGAUGCACGCUUCUAUCGCAAUCCGCAGAGACCGGUGCACAAGAUCUGGACGAAUAGCGAGUGUGCCAAGUAUUUCCUGUGCCUCGAUGGUGAGGUAUUUGAAUUCAAGUGCUCCGAGGGACUGCUCUUCGAUGUGGUGCGUCAGAUCUGCGACUUCAAGGCGAAUGUCGAUAAUUGUGAUGUGAGCGCAGAGACGCCGGCACCCAAGCCGCUGCUGGAAAUGGCCGAUUGUGCGGAUGAGUAUCAGCUGGGCUGCGCCGAUGGCACUUGUCUGCCGCAGGAGUACUUCUGCGAUGGCUCCGUGGAUUGCCCGGAUGGCUCCGAUGAGGGUUGGUGCGAUGUGGAGCAUGAUCCGAAUGCAGCUGGCGCGUGCGACUCGCGAAAGUGCCAAUUGCCGCAUUGUUUCUGCUCAAAGGAUGGCACACAAAUACCGGGAAAUCUCGCUAAGCAGACUGUACCUCAGAUGAUAUUGCUGACCUUCGAUGAUGCCAUCAAUCAUGACAAUUGGGAGCUCUUCUCCAAGGUGCUGUUCACACAGAAUCGUCGCAAUCCGAAUGGUUGCCCCAUCAAGGGCACCUUCUAUGUGUCGCAUCCGUUUACCAAUUAUCAGUAUGUGCAGAAACUAUGGAACGAUGGACACGAGAUUGCUGUGCAUUCAGUAACCCAUCGUGGUCCCGAGCUGUGGUGGUCCAAGAAUGCCACAAUUGAGGAUUGGUUCGAUGAGAUGGUGGGCCAGGCGAAUAUUAUCAACAAAUUUGCUGCCGUACGCAUGGACGAGAUACGGGGCAUGCGUGUGCCAUUCCUGCGCGUGGGUUGGAAUCGUCAGUUUCUGAUGAUGAAGGAAUUUGGCUUCGUCUACGAUGCCUCCAUGGUGGCACCGCACUCCAAUCCCCCACUGUGGCCGUACACUCUCGACUACAAAAUGCCGCACACCUGCACGGGCGUCAAUCAGAAUUGUCCAUCGAGAAGUUAUCCAGGCAUCUGGGAGUUGGUAAUGAAUCAACUGGAAGCUGGGGAAUACAUGUGCGGCAUGGUGGACAGUUGUCCGCCGCAUCUAAGUGGCGAUGAUAUCUACCGACUGCUGACGCACAACUUCAAGCGUCACUACCUGAGCAACCGAGCGCCCUUUGGCUUGUAUUUCCACUCCACUUGGUUCAAAAAGAUUGACUAUCUGAAUGCAUUUUUGAAAUUCCUCGAUGAUCUGCAAAAGCUGCCGGAUGUGUAUUUUGUGACCAAUCAGCAGGCGAUUCAGUGGAUGCGUCAUCCGACGCCCAGCAAUCAAAUGCAUCAGUUUGAGGCUUGGCACUGCCAGCCCAAGGAGUUGGAUGAACACGAAAAGGUCUGCAACAUACCCAAUGUGUGCAAGGUGCGCAGCAGAGUGCUCCAGGAGGAUCGUUACUUCUACACGUGCAUGGAGUGUCCCGCACAGUAUCCCUGGAUACGAAACGAAUUUGGCCUGGACUGAGGGCAGCUAACGAAAUUCUAGAUUUAAGCACUUAAUUUAUGUAUGUGUCGCCGCUAAAUAUAUUUAA